AUGUCGAUCUCUCGACUGCCGCUAGAGCUCGAGCACAAGUACACCUUGUCAACCUCAAUGUCGCACCACCACGAAUGGGUGUCUGGCAGAUUUCAAAACAACGGCAUCUUCAACCUGAGUGAAUCAGCACGGUACAACUUUCUCCUGCAAAAGGUCAAGCAUAGGAAGGAAUUGAAGGAGGAACACAUCGAAGACGCGGCGACGGAGCUUCCAACUGUCGAGAGGCGUAGGUAG